AUGCCAGCUGGGUCUCCUCGUACACCAGCGACGCUGGCGUCGUUUGCCAAAAGUCGCACAGCUACCGCGAAUCGAAUCGAUGACGAGGUGGACGUGAUGCACUCUGUGUCAGAGAAUAUGAGAGCGAGCCGCUCUGUGAUGGGCAGUAUGGUCAAGGUGCAGUCUCAGAAAGCCCCGCGUCGGCAGAUUCCUUUGUGGAUGCGAUGGCGGAAGUUCUGGGGCGUUGUUGCCAUGAUUGUGGCCAUUGUAGGAGUGAGCAUCUACAACCUGAACGCUUCAGAUGCUUCACUGCUACAUCAUGCGCGUCAGUCAGUCCGGUACCUUGCGACGUCGCAUGCUGGUGAGAUCACCCGACAAAUUCGGACCUCUGUGAGUUCUCUGAAAGCACUCGAAGCCAUUGUCAUAGCAGAUGCCUCUGACUCUGUCCUUGCGGAGUUUGAUGUGCUAGCGGACACCUUGAUCAAAACCUACCAGGGCAUAUCAAACCUCCAGGUAGCGCCAUUUGGCACAAUCCGACGCAUCUACCCUCUGGUGGAUCCAACACAAGACAACCGCGGAGCAUUGAAUCAUGCGCUGCUUCUGGAUCCAGGCCGGAAGGGGGGUGCUGUCGCAGCGAUACGAUCGAGAGAGACGACUGUAGCUGGCCCGCUGAGACUACUUCAAGGCGGCGUGGCCGCAAUUGCGCGUCGCCCAAUCUUUUCCCGCAGAGCCCCGCAGUAUUUGCCGGAUGAGUGGUUUGAAGUUGAUGGCGUGAAUCACAGCAGAAUCUGCUCCGUACCAGAGCUCCGCAUUGAGGACGAGUGCUCGUAUCCAGGGCCUCUUGAUGGUACUGGUCAGCAAACAUAUUUCUGGGGAUUUGUGACUAUGUUGACACGCAUGGAAGACGUCCUUGCAACGACUCACCUCUCUACUCUGGAGUCAGGGGAGCAGGGAGGUGUAGCUGGCAUCACCCAGUUUGCCUAUGAGCUCUCAGAUUCAGACCCACACCCUUCACUGGCAGAUGUGGGCGGCAUAUGGCAGCGCUCCUCGAACACGGAUGCGCUGAGCGACUCAGUCAUCGUGGACGUGGCUGUGGAAGAGUUCGGGUUUCGCUGGAUCCUAAAGGUCGCACCGAUGGAAGGGUGGCCGGUGGUGUCAGAAGAUUUCUGGAGGCAGCUCCUCCUUGUGCUGCCCCUGACUGCGCUGCUGGGUGUGUUUCUCGGGGUCAACAUCAUCGUCACGCUCCGCCGUCGUGCGAGGAUGAUAGAGGACUUGGCCAAGUACAUGGUUGACCAGAAAACCGAGAUUAUCCGAAGUGCCGUUGGCAGCUUGAACACCUUUCAGUUUCCGAUGUACCUCGUGGAGUUGGGUGACUUCUUGACCAUGAGCCGGCUGAUCGCCCACGAGGCGGCCAGGGAUGCCAUGAAGCUCCGGUGCUUCGACCGGCCGCAGGACGUCGCAAGCUUGGCGGCGCUGUCCGGAGUGCUCUUCGUAAGUCACCAGUGGGCCGGCUUCGACCACCCGGACCCCGACAACGUUCAAUAUGGGGCCAUCUUGGUGGCGAUUCACGAAUUGCAGGAGAAGGGUCUCAAAUGCGGGUACAUCUGGGUGGACUACAUCUCCAUCCCCCAGGCAAACGCCUUUCAGCAGCAGGCAGCGAUCAACUCCUUGGCGGUGUAUGCAUCCGUGUGCUCUUCGCUGGUCUCCGUGGCUCCCAAGUGCACCCAUGCAGACACCGGAGCCGAGCUCGACGUACAUUCCUACUCUUCACGAGGAUGGUGCCGCCUUGAACUCCUCAGCUUCAAGACCGGCGCCUGCGAUGCAGACGAACAGGUGCGAGCAGUCCAUAUAUGCGAUGGGCAGACUCUCAUCAGCGACGGCGACUCAAGCAGCGCACUCUCAGAUGAGUCGAUCCUCAACGUGCUCGGGGGCACCUUUACCUGCUGUAGCCGCUGCCAUCCCGGCGACAUGCCCUGUGACCGCCACAAGACCCGGGAUGUCUUGCUGGGCAUCUACUGGCGCUUGCUGGCGACAAGAAGGGACGGGGACAUACAAAGCGUGAUGUGGGCAGAUCGAGUUCUGCAGAUUGUGAACGCAGAGCCCGAAAAGUACUUCCCGAGCUACAACCAGUACAGCACACUAAGUGGCGACGAAUCUCAAGAGCACUUCGAUGGGUACCUUCCGAUCUUGCAGAAGAUGUUUGAGAAGGAUACCAAGCUUGAGCACAGUCGGCGGCUGCAGGUGUUUGGCCGCAGCAGUAAAAAGACAAUGUUCAUGUUGUAA